GAGGGUGUCGGGGAGCCGGGUUGAGAUGGUUGGCGGGCAGUACCUGGCCGACAAGGUGCCCUGCUGCAGCAUCAACAUCAGGUACCUACGUCACCCACACAGUCACACACACUCUCACUCAGCAAAACGAUGUGGUUUGUUCGUGUUUGUCUGUAUGUGUAUCCCUCGCCCACUCACUCAGUGCUGACGGCAGGUCCGUCGCUCUAGGCCUGACUGACGGUGGCGUGAGGCUCAUCAACACACCUUUCCCGACGUACGCAGAGCACACAGCAAGGGGGGGAACGACCAUAUUUCUUUGUCAUUUAUGGUGUGUGUGUGUGUGCGUGUGUAUUGGCUCUCUCUCUCUCUCUCUGUGUGUGUGUGGGUUUAGUGGAAGUGGUUGGAGUCUGCAGUACAGCUACAUGCCCCACGGCCUUCCCACAAAGGCCGUCUGCUUCGCACAGUAAGUAUUAAAAACAGGGGAGGGAGGGUGGGAGGGAGGGAGGGACAGGGGGAUGCUAUGCGCGCCUGUUGGUCGACUGGCCUGUGUGUGUGUGUGUAGACGUGGGCUGCUGGUCUCUGCUGGCGCCGAUUACUCCCUCAUGGUAGUCAAGCAACAUGCGCAAAUGUGCGGGCGAGAGAGUAACGACAUGCGUGUGUGUGUGUGUGUGUGUGCCUGCACCAGGUUGCCGACUCGACUAGAAAACGUCCAUGUGCAGGUCGCGGCUGCCGUGCGUAUGUGUUCUGGGUGCUUCUAUUGAUGAUGGUGGCUGUCGUGGUGGCUCUGGUGGUCAACGUGGGGCUGCUGCCCGACAGUGACAGCCAUGUGUCUGACAGUAGCAGAGCAGCAGAGAGCUCUGUCCACACAGCUGCCCCAGAUCAGACCGUGCGGGACGAACUCUGAGUGUGGAUGGGGGGAGGAAGGCUUGCAAAGGCAGAGAGGGGAGUGAGGUGGGUGUGGGUGUGGUGGCUGGGGGGAAAUAAACACGGGUGUGAGUGAAUUAUGGAG